CCGGCCCAGGAUCACUGUGGUUUGCACACGUGUUUCAACGGAGGAGAAUGCACCACGCACGUGGCCGGAUACACAUGCACCUGCCCGGAAACACAUGGCGGGCCAACGUGCGAAGAGGAACUGAUACACGGCGGUUGGAGCGACUGGGUCUAUGACGGCGCCUGUUCCCGCACCUGCGGGCAUGGCACUCGGCUAAGAUUCCGGUCAUGUGACUCUCCGCCCAGAAGCAUGUACGGGAAGGCAUGUCCUGGUAACAGCACCGAGGUCACACCGUGCUUCAUGAGAGAGUGCCCAGAAUGUGAAGCUCCCAUCAUAGAUGGGAUCGGACAGUGUGACCUCCAUGAUGACCUCUGCGAGGCCUCGUGUCCCCUUGGUUACAUACUGCCCCGUGGACAGCAGAAGCAGACAUUCCAGUGCGGUCAGUCCACCAACUUUACGUGGAAUCCAUUUCAAAGGCUACCGAUAUGCUCCCCUAGCUUCAGACCAGAGAGUUAUUCCGUCACGAUGAUGAUAGAGUAUGCGUCCCCGCUGCCGUGUUCCGGGGUUGCUAUGGCGAUAGAGGAAGUAACCACCGUCGUCAAGGGGCUACGUUGCUCCAAGGAGAGUGCGUCAUGCUCAACGGACGUCAAGCUUUCCGGAUGUGCUGACGCUAGAAGGAAACGAGAGACGCGGUCUACAUCUCUAGGGAUUGUUUUAUCAAUCCCCCUGUCACUUACCGGCGACUUUAACCUCCCACUGUAUUACGAAACAGGAAAAGUCACUGACACUUUACUGGAAGCCAUGACGGCACUGAACGUGCUCGAGUCUACGGUCAGGGACGUUAAGAGUGACCUUCACGUCUUCUCAGUUACCAUAGACAUGGUCAAAUACAAUGUUGCCAACUUUACCGUGUCCGCACACACUCACUGUGGGGCGGGGUUCGUACCGGUGGAAGCUGUGUGUGGCAAGUUGCUUUGUUUAAUCAAAAGAACAGUAACAAUUUCAUCAUUAUUAUAG